UCUUAUCAUAUCAUGGCGAGCAAUGAAGAUUUACAGAAAAUCUGGGAGUGGAACGCCAUUGUUCCAAGAUCAAUACCGAUAUGCAUACACGAUAUUAUUUCGAAAGUAGCUCGAGAGCAGCCGGAUGAGCCAGCCGUUUGUGCUUGGGACGGCGAGUUGACGUAUAGGGAGUUGGAUGAGCUCUCAACGGCCCUGGCAUGCCAGCUGAACGCCCUCAGCCUUGGGCAGGGGAUUGUUCCUCUCUGCUUUGAGAAAUCAGUAUGGAUGCCUGUGGCCAUGCUUGCCGUUUUUAAGGCUGGAGCCGCAUGCGUUGCACUUGAUGUGACCCUACCAGAGGAGCGGCUCCGAGGCAUUGUAAAGCAAGUGCAGCCAAAAGUCAUUCUUUCAUCAUUCCCAAACAGGGUUAAAGCCUCCCGAGUAGCUGGAGAUGACAUCCCGCUUCAAGUGGUCGAUAAAUCCAGCAUUCUCAAUGGGGAUCUCACACAAAUGGGUUCUGGAACGGACCAUAAGCCAAUACUGCCGCCCGUAAAUCCUUCGGAUCUACUUUAUCUAGUAUUUACGUCAGGAAGUACGGGCGUGCCCAAAGGAGCAAAACUAAGCCACGGAAACCUCGCCAGUGCUUUACACUACCAGAGCGAAAAGUUGUGCUUCAGUCCAACGAGCCGGGUACUAGAUUUCGCCUCUUAUGCCUUUGACAUAGCUUGGUUCAACUUCAUCUUCACACUAUGCUGUGGAGGCUGCCUAUGUAUAGGGUCACAUGAGGAGAUGCGCAAUGACCCAGCGGCUUGUAUACAACGAUAUAGAGUCAAUUUUGCCCAUCUUACGCCUUCUCUCACACACAUCGUUUCCUCGGAAGCUUUAUCUCAGCUAGACAUUCUAGUAACUAGCGGAGAGGUCCUGACCGCCUCUCAUGCGGAGAAGAUUUCACUGCCGAAGAAAAUCAUUAAUGCUUACGGUCCUGCAGAGUGCACUCCGCAUGCUACUGCUUCGGUCAUUCAGAAAGACCAAAUGCUGCAUCCGCCAAUUGGCAGGGGCCAUGGUGCAUGCACUUGGGUGGUAGACUUGACUGAUGAGAGUCGUCUGGUGCCUAUAGGAGAAGAGGGCGAGCUGUGGCUUGAAGGCCCGCUCGUAGGGGAAGGAUAUCUCAACGAUGAAGAGAAGACUUCAUCUGUCUUCGUGAUUGAUCCGUCAUGGCUUUUGAGCGGUGUGCCGUCAAAGGCCGGCCGUCAUGGCCGUCUGUAUAAGACUGGUGAUAUUGUGCGCCAGAAUGAAGACGGUACAUUCAUGUUCAUCCGCAGAAAAGAUGCCCAAGUGAAGAUUAACGGCCAACGGGUAGAGCUUGGUGAAGUGGAAUACCAUGUCAGACGUUUACUACACGGAAGUUGUCAGCUGGUGGCCGAAGUGAUAAAACCACAAAAUUCCAGCAGUGCAAUUCUUGCCAUAUUUAUCUGCAUCGAUGAAUUUGAAAGCAAAGAUAAAGACGCUCUAAAGGCAUCUGUGGCGACUCUAACGCAGGGAGUUGACGGACUCCUUGCUCAAGUGGUGCCAUCAUACAUGAUACCCUCCGCAUACAUUCCCAUAAAAGAUAUCCCGAUGACAGCAACAGGGAAAACAGAUCGGAAAGUCUUGCAUGAAAUCGGCAGCAGUUUCACGACUGUUGAGCUGGCAGCGCUUCAUCCCACACGACAGACCGAAUUUCAGGCGCCUAGAACCGAGGCUGAAGAAAAGAUGCAAAGUUGGUGGGCCACAGUGCUAGGAAUCGAGGCCUCAGCAAUCAGCCUCGAUGAUAAUUUCCUUCACAUCGGUGGUGACUCUAUCCAAGCCAUGAAGCUUGUCGGAAUUACACGCCAGGAGGGGUUGGUUCUAACAGUGGCCGACAUAUUUAAACAGCCUCGUCUAUUUGACCUUGCUCGGCUGAUGAACAACUUCGAUCACGAAGCUAAGCCGGCCAAUGAACCAGUAGCCCCCUUUUCCCUCCUUGGAAAUGGAGUAAACUUGCAUGAUGCCCGGCAGCAAGUCGCGUCCCUGUGUGGCCUUGAUGCUGCUCAAAUUCAAGACAUCGUACCCUGCACCCCAUUACAAGAAGGGCUACUUGCCAUGACAGUGAAGCGGCCAGGCGAUUAUACAUCGGAAAGGAACUUUACACUUCGGCCUGGAUUAGACAUAGACAGGUUCAAAAAGGCUUGCGAAGAUGCUGUCGCCAUUCUGCCCAUCCUGCGGAUGCGAAUCUUUGACUUGCCUGGUAUUGGGCUUGUACAGGCGAUUCUAUAUGAGACUAUCUCAUGGGAAUCAACUGAUAAUAAGGAUUAUAAUGUACCAAGUACAUCCAUGGCGCUUGGCGAUAAGUUGACUCGAUUUUAUUUGAGUAUUGAUCGCGGCCUUGGAACUGUUUUUAAGUGGAAGAUGCAUCAUGCACUCUAUGAUGGAUGGUCGGUACCUCUGAUGUUGGAUGCCAUUGAAAAAGCAUACCAAGGAGAAAAGGUCGAGACAGUGCCGUUUCAGAGAUUUAUCCACUACAUUCAAAACAUAGACAAGAAAGCAGCUUUCGAUCACUGGGAUAAAUACUAUCAGUUGUCGCAAGCCACAAUUUUCCCGGCCACUCCUUCGCCAGCAUAUUCACCGAAUGUUGACGAAAUCAUCGAACAUCGCUUCGCAAAUAUAACCUGGACGAAAACAGAUAUCACAGCAUCUACCGCUAUUAGAACGGCCUGGGCAAUGCUUCAGGGAGCUUAUACAGGUUCAAGCGACGUUGCUUUUGGUGCCACUGUGACCGGUCGGCAGGCAGCGGUUUUGGGCAUUGAGAAAAUGGCAGCGCCCGCUAUUGCUACCGUCCCUGUUCGAGUUGUUUGGGAGUCUAAUCAGACUCUGAAUGAGCUAUUGCAGCUAGUCCAGCAGCAGUCAAUAGACGGAAUCCCAUACGAGCAGAUUGGCCUACGGGAAAUCCGCAAGGUUAGCCAAGAUGCAGAACGCGGUUGCAACUUCCAAACUCUCCUCGUGGUGCAGCCGCCUGGACUGGUUACAGAUCAAAGUGAAAUUUUUGAAUUAGUAUCCGAACACACGGGCGCAUUGAAUGGUUUCAAUACUUAUGCUCUACAGCUUAUAUGCACUCUCUUAGAGGAUGGCUUACAUGUCAGCAUCAGCUUUGACUCGUCCACUAUUAGUAGGGCAGAAUCAGGGAGACUUGUCACGCAAUUUGAGCAUAUAGUACGGAUGAUUUGCGAUGAAGAAAUGCGAGCAAAGAAGUUGCAUGAACUCAACAUCCUUAGCAACAAUGACUUGCAGGAGAUUUGGAGUUGGAAUGCGCAGCUGCCAGAAACGGUAGACGGUCUGAUUCACAAGAGUAUCGAGAAAAUGGCAAUCCAGCAACCAAACUCGACAGCAAUACGGGCUUGGGAUGGAGUAUUGACCUACGGGGAACUUGAUUCUAUUGCUUCGAGACUUGCACUAUAUCUUGCAAACAAAGGAGUGCAUGCAAACGUGCUCGUCCCUUUAUGCUUCGAAAAGUCCAUGUGGACAGCAGUCGCAAUGCUUUCUGUGAUGAAGGCGGGCGCGGCUUCACUACUACUUGACAUUAAUCAGCCAGAAGAACGGCUGCGGACGAUAAUACGCCAGGUUAACCCGCAUAUCAUCCUCUCGUCCACCGAUAAUGCAGCCUUGGCCACUCGAUUGAGCGAUGCUCCUGUCGAGGUGGAAGUCAUAAGCGAAGCAACACUAGACACCCUGAGUGCUGGUUCUCACAUUACUUCGCAAGAAGGUAUGAGAGAUAUCAUGGUAUCGCAGUCGCCUCUGGAUCUAUUAUACGUUGUCUACACAUCGGGCAGCACGGGUACCCCAAAAGGAGUCAAGAUUUCGCAUCAGAACUUUUCAAGUGCUGUAAAACACCAGCAGACUGAGCUCGGCUUUAAUUCAUCAAGUCAGGUGCUUGAUUUUGCCUCUUACGCCUUUGAUAUGGCAUGGUCGAACUUUAUAUUCACGCUGUGUACUGGUGGCUGUCUUUGCAUCGGAUCGCAGGGCGAAAUGCGAGACGACCUCGCAGGUUGCUUGAAAAGAUAUCAGAUCACCUUCAUCCAAUUAACUCCCUCGCUUGCCAGGACCAUCGAUUCUACCGUUCUUUCGCGGUUGGAUGUUCUUCUUCUGGCUGGAGAAGGGCUCUCCAUGACAGACGUCGAUCACGCCUCUGUUGCAAAAAAGCUUCUGAAUGCGUACGGCCCUGCGGAAUGUUCUGUAUGUGGAACAGCGUCAAAUCUGAAGACUCAUACCAAAGGCCUGCCACCGAUUGGACGGGGCAUUGGCCAGUGCACAUGGGUAGUCGAUCCAGAAGACCAAACAAAACUCGUCCCUAUUGGCGUCGAAGGUGAAUUAUGGCUAGAAGGCCCGCUAGUUGGCCAAGGCUAUUUUAAUAACGAGGAGCAAACAGCGGCUGCGUUUAUGCAAGACCCCGCCUGGCUUCUAAGCGGAUCGCGGACUGCGCCUGGCAGAAAAGGACGUCUUUACAAGACAGGAGAUCUUGUGCGGUAUACUGCCGAUGGCGCGCUUAUUUUCACUGGGCGCAAAGAUAGCCAAGUGAAGAUUAGAGGACAAAGAAUUGAGCUCGGCGAAGUGGAAUAUCAUAUUGCCAAGUUACUACCCAGUGAAUAUGGCAGCAUACAGAUAAAAGCUGAGGUGGUUGUCCCUCUCGAUGGAAAUGGCGAGAUAAUGGUGUUGUUUGUUUGCGCUUCUGGUGUCAAGGAUGACGCCACCACCAACGAGCUGAAGCUCAUCGUUCAGCAAAUCAAGAGUGAAGUCGACCGGCAUUUGACUGAGAUUCUUCCGUCAUAUAUGAUCCCUUCUGCGUUUGUGCCGAUUGCAACUUUACCUUUGACUCCCACAGGCAAAAUUGACAGGAAAGUCUUGAAGAGAAUUGGUAGUGAGAUCACUUUGAAAACGUUGUUGGAGUUCCAACAAAACUCACAAGCUGAGAGAAAGCCGCCCAGCACAGAAGCCGAAGAGCAGAUGUGUAACAUGUGGGCGACUAUUCUUGGUAUUGAUCCAGAAGAAAUCAGCACAGAUGACAGCUUCCUACGCAUUGGUGGCGAUUCAAUUCAGGCUAUGAGACUACUCGUCAGAGCAGCAAGAGAAGAAGGCCUAUCUAUUACAGUUGCCGACAUUUUCAAGCAUCCCCAGCUUUGGGAGCUUGCUCAAGUGGCUACAACUGUAGAGUGCGCCGAGCUAGACGAUCAAAUACAGCCAUUCUCCCUGCUCAACGUGGGGCUCAGUGAGGACGAAAUUCGACGCGCUGUAGCAGCAUUAUGCGGGGUUGAAUCAGCUCAAAUUCAGGAUGUGUUCCCCUGUACUUCCCUACAGGAGGGGCUUUUAGCAUUAACUGAAAAGGAAUUCGGUGACUACGUCUCUCAAAACGAGUACACGCUACAACCAGGAACAGACACAGAAAGAUUCAAGGAGGCAUGUGAGACUGUUUUUGAUGCAUUUCCUAUCCUCCGAACUCGUAUCGUGGAUCUACCUGGCAAAGGGCUGGUACAAGUAAUCAUUGACGAAACCAUUCAGUGGCAGACAAAUGAGGCGGGAAGUACGGGUUUCGGCAGGAAGCUCACGCAAUUUUGUCUAACUGUAGGCAAAGAUUCUUCCGUCCGUUUUUCGUGGGAGAUUCACCAUGCUCUGUAUGAUGGCUGGACAUUUCCCCUCCUGCUCAACGCCAUUUCCAGUGCAUAUGAAGGCAAAAGGCAGUUUUCGACUACCCCCUUCCAAGCAUUCAUCCGCCACCUCCAAAAUAUUGACAGAGGGGCAGCACAUGAUUUCUGGCAAGCUCAGUUUAAAGGCAUUCGUGCAUCACCUUUCCCACCUCGCCCUUCGGUGCAGAAGCCGCGAGUUGCUGCUGUUAUUGAUCGGGAAAUUAUCAAUGUCCAGUGGCCUGAGACUGAUAUCACAGCGUCCACAGCUAUUCGCGCGGCUUGGGCUCUUGUACAAGGCUCUUGCACGGGAUCAAGCGAUGUUUUGUUCGGUACUAUUGCUCUUGGUCGACAGCUUCCAGUUCCUGGGAUUGAACAGAUAGCAGGACCAACUAUUGCGACAACUCCUGUGCGAAUAGUCCUAAACCCCAGUGUACAGACAGUGGGAGACUACCUUCACGAAGUACAGCAGCAGGCAGUAAACUCUCUGCCUUAUGAACAAAUCGGCCUCCAAGAAAUCCGCCGAGUGAGCCAGGAAUCAGAGUAUGCCUGCGACUUUUCCACUUUACUUGUUAUCCAGCCAGAAGGCCAAAGUCAACUAUCAACCAAGCUAUUUGAAACAACAUCCGAUGAUGAUGCUUGGCUGAGAAAUCUCAGCACAUAUCCGCUGCUCGUCAUUUGUGGGCUUCAAGAUCAAGGCGUCAACAUACGCCUUAGCUUCGACUCAACGAUCGUAGCAGCCGACCGUGUGCAGAGGAUAGCAGAGCAAUUUGAACACGUCUUGCAACUGGUCUGCUCUGAAGAGCAAACACAAAGAAAGCUUGAUGACCUUGAUCUCACAACGACCCAAGAUGUACAAGAUAUCUGGAAGUGGAACGCAACAGUUCCCGAGACAUUGGACGCAUGUGUGCACAAUCUCAUCGCUGAAACUAUAGCCAAGCAUCCAAAUUCUUUGGCAGUCGAUGCAUGGGACGGAACACUAACAUAUAAAGAGCUUGACCACCUUUCUAACCAGGUAGCAAUCCAGCUCGUCCAAGCCGGAAUUAAGCCAAAUAUGCCUGUGCCUCUAUUGUUUGAGAAAUCCAUGUGGAUGCCAGUAGCCAUCAUUGGUGUCAUGAAAGCGGGAGCAACCUCUGUUGCAAUGGAUAGCAGCCAGCCGGAAGAGAGACUGAAAGUCAUCAUCCGCCAAGUCCAGCCAAAAGUUAUUCUUUCUUCGGCUUUAAACGCAACACUAGCAUCUCAGCUGAGUGAAACAGAAGUGCAAGUACACAUCGUCUGCAAAGAAACCAUUGGGCUUUUGCGUACUACAGCAGAAACCACUGCAGACUUGCGAGCUUUGGAAGAUCUAGGCCGCCCAUCACAUUCUUUAUACAUAAUAUUUACGUCAGGAAGUACGGGCGUGCCCAAAGGAGCGAGAGUGUCGCAUCAAAGCUUUGCAAGCGCCAUGAAACACCAAAUGAGUGUGUUUGACUUCAACUCAACAAGCCGCGUCAUUGACUUUGCAUCCUAUGCCUUUGAUAUGCUAUGGACAAACUAUCUCUUUACCUUUUAUGCCGGGGGAUGCCUUUGCAUUAGGCCAAAGAGCGAACUACAAAAUGAUCUUGCUGGCUGCCUGCGGAAACACCGAAUCUCAUACGCCUUCCUCACACCUUCGCUGGCGAGGACUAUUGAUGCAUCAGUCCUUUCCCGGCUGGAUGUCUUGGCCUUUGGUGGGGAGGGUCUGCUACUGUCUGAUGUUACCCGAUGUGCCGAUGUAGGUAGAAUCGUGAAUAUCUAUGGCCCUUCAGAGUGCACUCCCUGCAGCACAGCGGCCGUUAUCACGGACCUCACAUUGCCGCCACAGAUUGGCAACGGGCAGGGACAGUGUACUUGGAUUGUCGAUCCUCAAAACGGUCAAAAAUUGGUUCCUAUUGGAGUUGAAGGAGAACUCUGGCUUGAAGGCCCUCUAGUGGGCCAAGGGUAUCUUGACGACAGACAAACUCUAGCUACAUACGAGGAUGACCCAGUUUGGUUACUUCGAGGGGCACCUGGUGUAUCUGGCAGACGAGGGCGGCUCUACAAGACUGGAGAUCUAGUGCGCUAUGAUUCAGAUGGCACGCUAAUCUUUUGUGGCCGCAAAGAUUCCCAAGUCAAGAUAAGAGGCCAGCGAGUUGAACUCAGUGAAGUGGAACACCAUGCGCGCCAGCACCUUCUCAAUAACGGCGAGGAUGUACGCCUUAUUGCAGAGAUAAUUGUUCCCAAAUGCAGUGACAAUGCCCUCUUGGUCAUGUUCAUCUGCCUUCCAGGCUUCGAUAUGGAGAUAGCAACAGAUGAAAAGCUAAAAGCCCAAGUUUCAGCUUUAGCAGAGCCGUUACAAGAGCAGCUAUCAAAGAAGAUACCAUCAUACAUGGUUCCAUCAGCUUUCAUUCCUGUUCCAGCGAUGCCUAUGACAGGGACUGGAAAGACAGAUAGAAAGGCGCUGCGAGAGAUUGUUAGUAAGCUAACUCUGGAGGAGCUUGCGGCAAUGCAGCCACAAAGGCAAAGGUCAUAUAGAGAGCCUCAGUCGACGUCAGAAAAGAGGCUCCAAGCUUUAUGGUCAACAGUCCUCGGAAUUGAUGCUUCAAGUAUCAGUGCAGAUGACAGCUUUCUAAGAAUCGGAGGAGACUCGAUCCAAGCAAUGCGACUUGUUGCAGCGGCUAGAGAACAAGACUUGGCUUUGACAGUAACGGAUAUUUUCGAGCAUCCAGAGCUAUCCGACUUGGCGCAAUUGAUGAAGGGAGAGAGUGAUAUGAUCACAACAGAUAUUACACCUUUCACGCUUCUCAGCGAAAGCAUCAAUCGCUCCACUCUAGCGCAGCAGGCAGCGUCUCUUUGUAAUGUGCAAGCUACACAGAUUCUAGACAUAUUCCCAUGCACACCGUUGCAAGAGGGGCUUCUAGCCAUGACCGAGAAGCAUUCUGGAGACUACAUCUCCCGAAACGUCUAUAGUCUAGAGCCAGAGAUCGAUUUAGAGAGAUUCAAGGCCGCUUGUGAACGAGUGGUUGAUUCCUUUCCCAUCCUUAGGACGCGGAUCAUCAACCUACCCGGAGAAGGACUUGUCCAGGUAGUAGUUGACGAGCGUGUACAAUGGAAUCUCCAACAAGAUCAUAUAGGUCUUGGUACAAAGCUCAGUUCGUUUGGAUUACACCAUGAAGGUACAAUUACGCAGUUUCAUUGGACAAUUCACCAUGCUUUAUACGACGGAUGGUCAUUCGGCAUGAUGUUGGAUGCAAUCCAGAAGGCGUACAAUGGAGGAGAGGAUCCAACGACAGUCGCAUUUCAGAGAUAUAUCCAAUAUAUCCAAGAGGCAGACAAUUCUGCAGCAAUUCACUUCUGGCAGCAUCAAUUUGAGGGGGGUCGCCCGGCUAUAUUCCCUCACUUGUCAUCCUUGGCGCAUAUACCUCGAGCAGAUACUCUCCUUCGACAUGAGAUUUCAUCUAUCGGUUUCCCCAAAACAAAUGUCACAGCUUCCACUGCAAUCAAGGCUGCCUGGGCUUUAGCCCAAGGAAUUUUCACUGACUCGGACGAUGUCGUAUUUGGCACUACGGUAACAGGAAGGCAAAUACCCGUUCCAGGCGUGGAGCAAAUCGCGGCGCCCCUCAUCGCCACAGUGCCUGUUCGCGCCACGCUGGAUCCGAACAUCCACGUAUCACGUCUUUUAGAGGAUAUGCAGCGGCAAUCGGUUGAGUCCAUACCAUAUGAGCACAUUGGUCUUCAAGAGAUACGCAAGGUCAGCCCUGAAGCACAGCAGGGAUGUGAUUUCCAAACGUUGCUUGUCAUCCAGCCAUCGGAAAUAGAGCAGAUUCCGGAGGCAGUCUUCAAGCCUGUCGACAUGGCGGAACAAGACAGCAGCCAAGCCAGUGCAUUUUCUACAUAUGCACUAGAACUCGUUUGCGUCCUACAGCAAGAAGGUCUUGCUCUGAUGUUGAGCUUUGAUUCAAGAAUAGUCCAACCGCAAGAGGCUAAGCGAAUAGUGAACCAAUUCGAGCACAUGUUGCGUUUAGUAUGCGCCUCGAGCCAGCAGGGACUAAAGCUGAACGAGGUUCAAAUCUCCAGUGAGCAGGACAUAGAAGAUAUUUGGAAGUGGAACGCCGCUGUUCCGCCCCUAAAUGAGACGUGUGUCGACAGCCUACUGUCUCAAACGGCGCGCAAACAGCCCAAUGCGCCGGCCAUCCAUGCGUGGGAUGGACAGCUUUCAUACGGAGAGCUUGAGCUACUGUCAUCACGACUAGCUGCACACCUGAUGAGAGAAGGCUUUAAACCUGGUGUUGUAGUACCCCUUUGCAUCGAAAAGUCUGUCCUCAUGCCUGUUGCUAUGUUCGCGGUCAUGAAGCUCGGGGCUGCUUCUGUUGCUUUAGAUGUCAAUCAACCAAAGCAUCGGCUGCGAAGCAUAGUACAGCAAGUCCAGUCCAAUGUCAUUCUCGCAUCUGCUACAAAUAAAGACAUUGCCAUGGAAGUAGCCGACCAAUCCACCAAAGUAGUCAUCAUCAGCACAGCAUUCUUGGACGCUUUGAUGGAAGCCGAAACCUCUCAGUCUCAGAGCUUAGAGCAUGUGACUGUCCAGCCCUCUGACCUGUUAUACGCUGUCUUUACGUCAGGAAGCACGGGUUUGCCAAAAGGUGUCUUAAUAUCUCAUCAGAAUAUCGCGUCCACUCUGGUAGAAGACGUAGAGACACUCGGCUUCAAGCCUGACGGAAGAGUCCUCGAUUUCGCCUCUUAUGCUUUUGACAUGUCUUGGUUCAACUUUUUAUUCACUCUUUAUACCGGUGGAUGCCUCUGUAUUGGCUCACAAGAAGAGAUGCACAACGAUCUUGCCGCUUGCAUUGAGAAAUACAACGUUAGCUACAUCCAGCUGACCCCAUCGCUUGCACGAUCGGUUGACUUACAAAGCCUGUCAAACGUCGAUGUUCUAGCUCUGGCGGGAGAAGCUCUGAGUCCGAAUGAUGCCGAGUAUUUCUCGUCACUGGAUAAUUUGCAUGUUGUGAAUAUUUAUGGACCUGCAGAAUGCACUCCUUGCAGUACUGUUUCAGUCAUUACUGAUGCAAAUAAGACUGAGCCUCCAAUUGGUAGAGGACGUGGACUACGAACAUGGGUCGUCGACCAGCAAACAGGAAGUCGCCUGAUGCCUAUUGGUACUGAAGGAGAGCUAUGGCUAGAAGGUCCAUUAGUAGGCCAUGGUUAUUUCAACGAUCAGAACGGGCAGACCUCGGCGGCAUUCACUGACAAUCCUACCUGGCUAUUACAAGGCUCAAGAAGUGUAUCUGGGAGGCGUGGCCGCCUAUACAAAACAAGAGAUUUGGUGCGAUAUAACGCAAACGGCGAGCUUGUUUUUAUUGGACGAAAAGACUCGCAGGCGAAAAUAAGAGGUCAGCGUGUGGAACUGGCAGAGGUUGAGCACCAUGUCAAGGAGCUACUUCCGAGCAACGAGGGUCUUCAGGUCAUAGCUGAAGUGGUCACUCCUCGUAAUUCGACCAGCCAGAUACUGAUUGCGUUCAUCUAUCUGAAACCAUCCAUCCAUGAAGAUACAGAUUUUACGACAUUAUUGGCGAAUUUGGACAGCCGACUUGCUGACAGGGUUCCAUCCUACAUGGUUCCCGCUGCGUUUGUGCCGCUUACUGCUAUUCCGAUGACAGCAACUGGGAAGUCUGAUAGAAAGGCUCUGCGCGAAAUGGGCAAUCGGCUGGCUAUAGAAGAUAUAGCGGCAUUGCACGUCUCACCACAGACAGAUGAGUCAAAAACGCCACUUACUGCUGGAGAAAGACGUCUGCGACAACUAUGGGCAUCGGUAUUAAAUGUCGAUUCUAUUCUUAUUGAUGCAAACACCAGCUUUCUUCGCAUUGGCGAUUCGAUACAAGCUAUGAGGCUUGUGGCAAUGGCUAGAGAGCAGGGCGUGCUUCUGACUGUUGCUGAUAUUUUCAAGCAGCCCCGAUUAUGUGACCAAGCCAAGCACUUGAAGUGGAAUGACAAAAUCUCCGAGGAGGAAGUAAUAGCUCCGUUUUCUCUUCUUAAAGAGGGAAUCACAACUAAGUUUGCCCAACAACAAGCAGCAUCGCUCUGUAACGGUUCAAGCAGUCAGAUCGAGGAUGUGUUACCAUGCACGCCGCUACAAGAAGGACUCUUGGCAAUGACGCAGAAGCGGAGUGGCAACUACAUUGCCCACAUUGAGUUUCUUCUCCAGCCUGACAUAGAUCUCGAACGAUUCAUUCAGGCUUGUGAAGAUGUAUCAACGGAAAUGCCAAUACUUCGAACACGAGUCAUUAACCUUCCUGGGCAGGGGCUUGUUCAAGCCAUCGUUGACGAACCAAUUCAGUGGCAAGAUGAAAACAGUUUAGACGCAUUUUCUUGCUCAUCAGCUUCGGAUACCAUGGGACUUGGAACAAGACUUAGUCAAUUCGGAUUAACAAACGGUGAAGAUGGAAGUCUUUUUUCGUGGACCAUACAUCACGCACUAUACGAUAACUUUCUUGUUUCAAUGGUCUUGGAUGCAAUUGACAAGGCAUAUCGAGACGAACAAAGAAUGCAGUAUAUUCCAUUCCAGCGAUUCAUCUCCCACAUUCAUGAUACGGAUGAAUCCGCCGCUAUCAAUUUCUGGAAAGGAUGCUUUGAUGGAUCCCAGGCAGUCGUCUUUCCUCAACUGCCCUUGCCAGGAUAUGCUCCUUCAACGGAUAAAGCGCUUCACACAGCCAUCACUAAUGUCACAUGGCCAAAUACAGAUGUGACUCCAGCUACACUUAUUCGGACUGCGUGGGCACUGUUGCAAAAAUUACACACGAGCUCAGAUGACGUCGUAUUUGGCUGCACUGUUACUGGCCGACAAGCCGCAAUACCAGGAGCAGAACGUAUCGCUGGUCCAACUGUAGCCACAGUGCCAAUCCGGAUCCAGUUUCCAGAGAAAUCAGACAUGACUAUCGAAGAGCUGCAGGCGCAAGUACAGCAACAGAGCAUAGACUCGAUACCUUUUGAGCAAAUGGGGCUUCAAAAUAUCCGCAAAAUAAACCAAGAUGCAGAGCGCAGCUGCAAUUUCCAAACUUUGCUCGUAGUUCAACCAGCAAACUUGGAUGGUCAAGCCAGCAUCUUCAAAUCUCUUGAGUCUCCUCGGGCCCAACCAGAAGUUGGCGUGUCGUCCACCUACGCUCUAGAGGUUGUCUGCGACAUCAAUCCUCACGGACUGUCUGUGAAGCUCAAUUAUGAUUCAAACGUGAUGGACAAUGAGAAGAUUACAAGAAUGCAAGAGCAGUUUGAACAUAUCCUCCGAAUCUUAUGCGAGGAAGCCCAUCAAAAAACUUUACUCCGGAAUUUGAGCUUGAUUCCCCAAAGCGAUCUCGAGACUGUUUGGAAUUGGAACGUAUCUGUGCCCGAAACAGUGCAGGUCUGCAUACAUGACAUUGUCUCUGCCGUAGCGCAAAAACAGCCAUUUGCGCCGGCGAUAUGCGCUUGGGAUGGUGAACUCACUUAUAUGGAAUUGGAGUCAUUGGCAUACAGUCUCUCUCUUAGAUUAACAGCAAUGGGCAUUGGGCCACGUGUAAUAGUGCCUCUAUGUUUCGAAAAGUCAAUGUGGACAGCAGUUACUGCGUAUGCCGUUUGGAAGACGGGCGCAGCUUGCUUCUUGGUAGAUACCAACCAACCAGAAGACCGGCUCCAGUCGAUCAUACAACAGAUACGCCCAAAAGCGAUACUUGCAUCAGCCGCGAAUAAAGCACUGGCUUACCGGCUCCAGGAAGCUGCCGCUGGAAUACAACUCCUCGACGUCACAAGAUUUUUCGAAGACAUCCUUACCAACGGCAUUCCCACAAACGACCUUCAGCUGCCGCACCCAGUGACGAAAGCAAAACCAACGGAUCUACUUUAUGUCGUAUAUACGUCAGGCAGCACCGGUACGCCCAAGGGAGCUACAGUAUCGCAUCAGAAUUUCGCUAGUGCAAUACAUCAUCAGACGGGACGCCUGGGCUUUAGCCCGACAAGCCGAGUCCUAGAUUUUGCGUCUUAUGCGUUCGACAUGUCGUGGUCUUGUAUACUGUUUGCUCUUUGCAAUGGAGGCUGUCUUUGUGUAGGCUCUCAGACAGAAAUGCGAAACGAUUUGGCCGGCUGCUUCCGCCGCUAUCAAAUUUCGCACGUCUCGUUGACACCUUCAGUUGCUCGGACGGUAGAUCCAACGGCGAUGUCAGGCCUAGAAGUCUUGUUAUUAGCUGGCGAAGCAAUGUCCCCAUCGGAUGUCAGCCGCUUCAAAGAGAUACCUAUGCUAUUGAACGCUUAUGGUCCCUCAGAGUGUUCUAUUUGUGCGACAGCAGCCAAUGUUGGCCAGUUCAGCUCAGGCUCCGCUGUUUCAAUCGGCAAAGGUGUUGGGCAAAGAACUUGGGUGGUUGAUCCAAGCAACGGCAACUAUCUCGUGCCUAUCGGGGUUGAAGGAGAGUUAUGGUUAGAAGGCCCAUUGGUUGGUCAAGGUUAUCUCAAUGACGAAGAACGCACUUCAGCUGCGUUUGUUCAUGAUCCGUCUUGGCUGCUCCAGGGGAUACCAGAAUUGGGAAUAUCCGGCCGAAGGGGGCGCCUUUACAAAACAGGAGAUAUAGUACGCUAUCAGACGGACGGCGCCCUAACUUUUGUUGGCCGCAAAGACUCACAAGCAAAAAUUCACGGCCAGCGGCUGGAACUUGGUGAGGUUGAGUAUCAUGUACAACAACUGCUUCCCCAAGAUCAAGAGGUGCGAGUUGUCGCUGAGAUCAUAAAUCCACGUGGAGGUAGCGCUAUGUUAGCAAUGUUCAUCAGCAUGCCCGGGAUUGAUCAGCCGCAAGCACGAGUUGCCGAUAUAGCAAGCCAAAUAAGGCAGAGGCUGGCCAAAAUAGUCCCGUCGUAUAUGGUCCCUUCAGUCUUUAUACCUCUUGCUACCAUCCCUACGACAGUAACAGGCAAAAUUGACCGCAAGACACUCAAAACAAUCGGCGGUGCCCUUACAGCGGAAGAGCUGGCAGCGCUUGAUCCGAAGAGGAGCCAACAACAGCGUCUGCCUGUCACAGCUGUAGAAAAGCAAAUGCAAUACCUAUGGGCAUCGAUUCUAGAUAUUGAUGCAUCCAGCAUAUACCUCGAUGACAGCUUUUAUACGGUCGGCGGUGAUUCUAUCCAGGCAAUGAGGCUGGUGGUUGCGGCGCGAGAACAGGGCCUGUCGCUUACUAUUGCAGACAUCCUAACAUCAUCAAGCCUCUCUGAGCUCAUUCACUUGGAAAGUUCGGAUGAAGAGGAUGGUCAAAGUCUUAUUGAUGAUACAGCUACGUUGCCAUUUUCUCUUCUUGGCAGCUCACUUUCCAUCAGUUCCCUUCUAGAAACGGUGCCGAAACUUUUGGGCCCCGAUAUCAUAUCGUUUACUGAUGUGUAUCCUGUCACUACUGUCCAAGCCGAUUUCAUUGAAAUGGCAAUGCGAAAAAACCCUCUGAGCUGUGCAGCGAUGUACUUUGACUUCUCCAGCGAUAUGACAGACGUGGAGCUGGUCACGGCGUGUUCAAUACUGUGGGAGAAAUUCGAUAUUCUCCGCGCCAUCUUUAUUCAAUACGAGGGCGCUUUCUUCCACGUCAUUUCGGACGCGAUAGAAGUCCCUGUGUGUAUUCAUCCAAUGGAGCGAGAUCUCGAAUCUUCACAACUUCAUUCGAGAAUACUCUCGCAGCCGUUGCAACUCGGAAACCCGUUUACCAUGUUUCACAUCCAGAGAUCGUAUCAGGGUCCCGUGCGACUGACAAUAAGAAUAGCCCACGCACAAUACGAUGGACUGAGUCUUGGUCCGCUGUUAACCACUCUCUCCGCUCUCUUGUCCCAUCAACUGCCACCGUCAGUUCCACAGUUUUCGCGAUACAUCAAGCAUAUCCAAUACCUGGAAGAAAAGUCAUUCCCAUUUUGGAAGGAUUUUCUCCAAAAGUCCCAGCCUUUACAAAUGCCCACACCGCGUAACCUGGAACAUUCUACGGGAAAGGCACUGCGGCUGAGCAGGACUAUCCCAGCACCAGGGAGAAUUGAUCGCACGACUUCCGCCACGGUGUUCAUCGCUGCAUGUGCACAUGCUCUAGCUAAAUUUACACACGCAAUGGAUGUGGUAUUUGGGCUCACUGUUUCAGGCCGCUCAUCCCUCAGCGCAGAGCUCAAAGAUGUCAUGGGGCCAUGCUUAAACAUAGUUCCCAUUAGAGCAAAGGUCCAGCAAGGGACAUUGCUGAAAGAUGUCAUCAGCCAGGUCCAGAAUCAACGCCAUCGCAGUGUUGCAUAUGAAGCUGCAGGGUCUAAAAACCUUCUACAGGAUUGCACAGAUUGGCCUCCAAGCUUACGACGAUACAACUGUAUCGUCCAGUUUCAGAACAUCGAUGAGAACCCUGCUCUUUUCUCCGGUCACGGGCCGCAGCUCAAUAUCGUUGCCAAGCCUGGACUGGUACAGACCAAUGACAUUUUUAUCAUCGCUAAGCCCACAAAAGAUGACUGGUCUCUCGAGAUAUCUGGGUCGGAUUCUUAUGAUCUGAAACAGCUUAGGGAGUUUCUUGACGGAGUUUGCACAUCAAUACUAGAGAUUUAG